GUUGUCCUCACUCACUCGAGUGUCGGUGCAGAAUGGAUUUCAUUUUGGUGGAGCAGCCGGAGACCAGGAGCAGCAGCUUUGUAGAAUACUAUCCCUCCUUUUGGAUUAUUUCAGACACCGCUGCUGUUGAAUGGGAAUGACAGCAUGCAGAAAGGAAGGAAAGGAAGAUGAACCCUAAUUCUCUGGAAAGCUCGAUCCAGAACCUGCUGUCGGUGCUGUACCCUCCCUUCGAGGCUACCGCCCCCACUCUCCUCAGCCAGCUCUUCCAAGUCAUAGAUAGCCGUUAUCGGGGGGAUGCCCUGCGGUGCCUGCUGGACUUUCUGGUGCCAGCCAAACACAUCUUAGACAGCGUGCAACAGGCUGCAUGUGCUCAGUACUCUGAUGUUCUAUUCCUGUGUGAGGGCUGGCCUCUGUGUUUGCGUGACCAAGUUGUCGUCCACCUUGCUCCCAUCAACCCGCUGAUACUUCAGCCCGGCGACUUCUACCUCCAGGUGGCCCCUUUCUGUGACCAAUCAGCUCGCAUCGUAGUCUGCAGCCUCCUGGAAGAGGAGGGGCUUCAGGUGGAAGUAGUAGAGGAGAAUCCCAUCCCUGAGACUUCCUAUUCUUGUAUAUUCAGCUCUGACUGGUUGGAAGAGAUCAACCAAGGCCGCCAUGGAACGCCUCUCAGCCGCUGCCUGCUAACCACCGAGCAGGGCGUGUUGAGGUUACCAUGGGGACGGGUUGCUGUGCCUGAUUUUGUGGACGUGCCGCUGUGUGCUGGGAGUAGCAUGGCCUCUGCUCCUCCUUCAUAUCCUCCUUUACCUCCGAUUCCUCCACCUCUUCCUAAUUUUUCUGAGAGCUCUUCUUCAAAUUCUUUAUUUCCUCUUCCUCCUUCAAAAGAAUCGGCACCAAAACAGUAUCCUGUUAGCAUUCAUAAUUCAAAUGUAUCAUCUUCUUCUCAUCCGUCUGCCUUCUCCGUGGAGACCAGAAUAUGUCCAGUGAGGCACGGCAUUGCUGUGUCACUCCGCCUGGUGGAUACUAGCGCUGCGUCUUCCUCGCGGCCGGUCAAAGUUAAAGAACCUGAAGCUGAGCCUAAGCCUGUGGGCUGGGUGUCCCCUAAUACUUGGGACAGCUGCUCCACUGGGGCAGGUCCAAAAACAAGCACUGCUCCAUGUGCAGGCACUUCUGCAAGGGAAGAUACAACUAGAUGCAAAGGUGAAGAAAAGGCUGGAAUUGUUUCUGAAAAUAUAGGUCUGCAAAAACCUAAAGAUAUAAGCAGAAGAGGCCCAGUUGUGGAGGAAGGGGAAUAUAUUGAUAUACUUCAGGCAACUAUGCUUUUUAGUAGAGCUAAGUCAGCAACUAAAGAACGGCAGAAAUUAGAAGUGCAAAUGCAACCACACACACAAAUUGAACCACAAAUGCAAAGGCUUCCACACAGGCCACCUCAUCCACAAAUGGAGUCGCACAGGCAAACACAGAGUCAUCCACCUCAAGCCCAGUCACAAGCUCAGGUGCAGUUUCUCACAAAGCCACAAACUCAAAGUCAUGUUAGACCAGAGGCGGCUGCAUCAUUUAGGCCCAUCGUGUCUGAAAAACCACCUCCGUACCAUUCCCAAUCCCAUCAGCCUCACCCUGACUCCCUGGAGGUUUCUCAGUGUGUCCGCUUCUCAGAGAAACCAUGUACCCCGUGCCAGAGGAGAAGACAAGGCGGAAAGGCCUCCAGGGCUCCGGAGCUGAUGUGUCGAUACAGGGACUCCUACCAGGCUGCUAUAAACAACCCUGUCAACUUUAAACAGGAGAAGGGGCACAUGUUGGCAAUGGUAGAGGAGGAUGGUUUCUCUAAGUGUGAUGAAAGACUACCAGAGACAGAGGAUCCGCGGUGUUAUGUUCAAGGAAUGUGGAUUAACCCUGCUACGCAACAGCAGCCUCCUUCCUCGGUCUGUGAGGAGUCGGGAGAAAAAAACUCUGUUCCAUAUUGGAAAACAGGAGAUACAAAAAAUGCCCCCUGUAUGGAUUACAGGGGAACACAUGCUUUAAAAUGUGGUGGGCAAUCAGAAGCAACACCUGAAAGGACCACUCAGCCAUUUAGGGAACCCAGGGAUGCACACUCUGCCAAAACUUAUGGCAAUUUACACAAUGUAAACGGGACACAUUUAGCGGCAGGAACGAGGACAAACACUAAUAGAGCUUUGUCUAGUUCAAACAAUCAGUCAGAUGUCCUCUCUGUUAAACACGGCGGAUUACCGUUUACUUCCUCUGAAAUCUCAGCGGUGAACCUCAAGCCUCGUGAAAGGCUACAAAGCAGAACCAUUUCCACGGGAGUGAGUGCUAACUUUCCUCUUUCAGCGUCGCAGAACAGACCGGAGUCCAUGUCUGAUGGCAGAUGUUCCUCCCUGUCCACAGCUGUGGUGGACACCUCUGAGAAGUGUUCGCUGGUCCUUGUUGAAGGUCAAAAUGUUCGGAGAAAAGACAACUCCGGCUCCUGUGGAAAGAUUCCCCAGCUGCAUGUGGUGAAAUGUAAAAACAGCACAGCCUUUGGACUGGUUUCACCCAAGAUCAACCGGAGGAAUAUGGCAGCUCCAGAAGCUGCUCAGCCUGGCAGUACGUUCAGCAGCAGGGAUGGCAACAUGACGGAGAAGCCACCACAGACAGAUCCAAUUCAAGCAGCAGAGACACAGAAGAUGUCCCAGCCCACCUCCACCCGUCCCAGACCGGACCACCUCCCCCUGGGGUCCCCGGACCCCAGAGCCCACCCCCUCUACUUAGGAGUGGCAGCUCUCACCGGCGGCAGAGACAGGACAGGCCGGGCAAUCGUGGAGCUGUACGGGCAUCACCAGGGAUGGAGAUCAGCUGUCACCAGCCAGGAGCUCUUCCAGAUGCUGCUCUACUUCCGCACCAUCACCAGGAGAGAAAUCAGAGAAGCUGGGAUGACUCUUAUUUUUGAUUCGAGGAAGAUAAAUCCUCAGCCGCAGCUCUACAAGGCCUUGAUGACGCUUCAGGAGCUGACUCUGCACGCAGUAAACAGUUUCGUGCUGCUGGUGGACAAGGACAGAAAUCUUCAGCCAGAGCAGUGUCCUGGCAUCCAGACUGAAGUGGUGACUUCGAUGAAAGCCCUGUUGAAGCUGGUGGAGGCGAGUCAGCUAAGCUCUCGUCUGGACGGAGCGAUGUCUCACAGCCCCUGUGACUGGAUAGAGCUGCACCAGAAACUCUUCCCAUUUGUGUCUGAUCUUCAUGAGGCAUCCAGCCUUCUACUGAGAGCCAUCAGUAGGUUAGAGGAGCCCCAGAGGACCGACACUGUACAGUGUGUGCAGCAGUGCAUGGUGGACCAGAGGACUCUGAUGAGGAAUGUACUGGAGGACAGCCGAUUGGUCGAACUGCAGAGGGAGGGCGGGGCCGUCCUGGCGAGGUUAAGAAAGGAGAGUGACCUCAAGUACCCCCACUGCGAGGAGCUCAGUGACGCAGUGGACUCGGUGUCCAGCCUGUACAACUACGUGGAGGAGCAAGCUCACGUCCUCGUGCAGAGGUCCAACAUGUCUGUGGAACACCUGGAGUACCUGCUGCAACUCAGAGAGAUGGAGGGACACUUCACGCAGAUGCAACAGUGGUUUACUGUAGAGGGAGAGCGCCACCUGCCCGAGGCUGAGUCAGUCGAGGACUCUGGAGAGCAAAUGGAGCAGACCCUCAAUAGCUUUACUCGCUUCCUCAUUGAAGCUAAUGACCGCAGACACCACGCCAUGACGUUAGUGUCAGAGGCAGAGCUCCUCCAGCAGAGUGGGCUCUCCUACCCAGAGACGGAGGAGUUCUGGACUCUAGUCUGCUCCUUCAAGUCAGGCCUGGAGGAGUUCCUGUGCAGAGCAGAGGCCUGCGGCAGGGAGCUGCAGACCAUGGUCAACGUGUGUGAUUUCUGUGAGCAGGCUAAUGCUCUGGCCAGCGAAUGCAUUGAGUACCUGGACCAGACUCAAUCCAGAAUCUACCAAAAGCAAAACCGUGACCAGGAUACAGCACCUGUCAAUCAAGCCAACACUCAGCCAAUACAGCGCCGCAACCAAGACCCUCGAUCGAGCACUGCAUCCCUUUUCCCAUCUGAUGCAUCCCGCCCAACCACCACCAGUGUUAUACCGUCAAGCAGUGACACCUCCGUCCUCCAGACCUUCCAAGACAGGUUCCUCCAGUUCAGCCCAGAUACAUUUCAGGAAGUGAAGGCCCAGGCCAGCGCCCUGAGGGGCUCCAGGGGGAUGCAGGUCUGGAACGUAGCCUGGCUGCGAUGCCAGGAGGCCAGGCAGCAGCUUCAGGAGAGGAUCCAGGAAGUGGAUGAGGUUUUCCACCCUGAACCAGACUCUAGCAGCUGGUGUGAAGGUCAUUAUGUUGAUGUGGUGAGCACUACUGUUCAGGCACCGUCGCCUGGGAGCCAGAGUCUGGUGGUACAGUCAACACCCGGACCUGGUCACCCACAGUGGGAGGGCAUCGUGUCGGGAGCCGUGGAUUUAGGGAAGAGAAGGCCGAUCCUGGGCAGCAACAACACAGACCCAACAUCUGCAGCCUGCUCUAACAUCAAACCUGAAGAUCACAGCCAGGGGUCAAAGGUCCCUCCACAGUCCCCUCACAGUAGGACGGCAAGGAGAACAGAAAGAGAGACGAGGAGACAGACGAGCAGAGCGAGGAGCGAGAGGGACGCCGCUGCUCUGUCUCAGUCCCACACUGUCGGCUGCCAGUGGUUUCCAUGGGGACGAGGUCUUGGAUCCAGGUCGGUGAGUCAGGACUCGUGCAUCACAGCAGCAGCGACGGCGGGGUCCUCCACUCCUCCAGAGCAGCGGGGGCGCCCCUCCUCGUCCUGCUCACACCACGGCCAGCCGUCCUGUCGGAUCCUCCAGGAGGCUCAGAAGUUCCAGCUGUCCCGACACGGCAGCUUCUGCUCCGAGGACUCCUGUAUGAGCGACCGGGGGGCAGCGGGGGGGGACGGGACUUUAGGCUGCAAACACUCCAGCCUGCCCAUCGGGAGAUAUGAGGGGGCCUUUGGUUCGGCAAAUCCACAGGAGAGUGCCAGCAAUGCACUGAGGCUGCAGCGUGUCCUGGAGGAGCUGGUGUUCACAGAGAGGGAGUACGUCCGCUCUCUGGGCUACAUCCUGACGCACUACCUCCCCCUGCUGGACCGACCCGACAUCCCCCAGGACCUCCGGGGGAAGAGAGGCGUCAUCUUCGGUAACCUGGAGAAGCUUUACGACUUCCACAGCCACUAUUUCCUGCCGGAGCUGGAGGCCUGCCAGAGGGAGCCCGCCAUGGUGGCCCGCUGCUUCCUCAGACAUAGUGAGAGCUUUGGCCUGUACGCUCUGUACAGCAAGAACAAACCACUGUCAGACGCCCUGAUCCUGCACCGCCGCCAUGACAUAUUCAAGAAGAAGCAGCAGGAGCUGGGGGACAUGAUGGACCUGUCCUCCUACCUGCUGAGGCCCAUCCAGAGGAUCAGCAAGUACAGCCUCCUGCUGCAGGACAUGCUGGCUCUGUCUGGCUCACACAGGCCCAAAGACAUGAUCCAGGACUCACUGCUCGCUUCCAGCAUGUGCCCACAGAGUGUGAGUGGCCCGGGUUCAUAUGUGCCUGAUCAGAUGAGCAGGGAGAGGGAGCGAGAGAGUGCUGAGAUCCAGGCUGCUGCAGAUCUGGUCCGCUUUCAAAUGCGUCAUGGCAACGAUUUGCUCACCAUGGAUGCCAUCCAGGACUGUGAUGUGAAUUUAAAGGAGCAGGGCCAGCUGAUUCGCCAGGAUGAGUUCAAUGUUUUCUUCCGGAAGAAGAAAUGUGUCCGCCGCAUCUUUCUAUUUGAAGAUCUCAUCCUCUUCAGCAAAACUAAGAAGACAGUUAUUGGCAACGAUGUUUAUGUCUACAAGCAGUCAUUCAAGACUAGCGACAUUGGGAUGACUCACAACUCCAGUGUGAGCAAUUUGUGUUUUGAGAUCUGGUUCCGCAGGAGGAAAAGUGGGGACACCUACACCCUGAAGGCCCCCAGCAUGGAGGUGAAGAAAUCCUGGACCACCGACCUGGAGAGGAUUCUGUGGGAUCAGGCCGCCCACAGCAGAGAUUUGCGUUUGCAGGAGAGGGUUUUCAUGGGAAUGGGCCGCAAACCUUUUAUGGACAUUCAACCCAGCGAUGCUGCCAUCUGUGAUCGAUCCGUCAGCUGCGCCCUGCCUGGGAGAAUCCCUGUGGCGUGUUAUUCACACAGGGGCUUAGAGUAUCCACGACCUCACUCCAUUGGCUCUGGCAGCACCGCUUCCACGACUAUAAGCCAAUCAUCUUCCUCCUCUGGACGGGGCUCGCUACCCCCAGCUGGUUAUCCCGGGAACCAAUCACAGGGAGCGGAGACCGGUCUUUCUGUCUACUCUUCCCCUGAGGCUGUGACUGAAAAUGAAAUCAACAAUCUUCACCUUCGUCAGUAUCAUCUUCAUCGUAACUGUGAACAAUGGAAAAGCAAUCACCUACUAAUGGACAGCACCUCAUCAUCUGGAGAACACAUCAACGUCUUCAGCAGCUCGGACCGCAGCUGCCUGUCUGCCAUUAAUGCAGAGGUAGUGGAUGACUCCUCCUCCGUUGUAUCCCAGAGUUCAGUACACCACCCACCAGUUUGCCGGACCCCCAGCCUGAGGGGAGACAGCUCACCAACGAUUACAAGAAAGAAACCAGGUGUCGCCCCCAAACCUCCACAUCUGGCUAAUGCUCAGCUACAGGGGGAUGACAUUAUAAUUGGAAAAUCGACAGAAGUAUAACCCUGGAUUCCCUGCAAAAGAUAGUCGGUGUUCUGAAGCUGCUCCGUCCUGUUGGAGAGCCUCCAGCUGCCCUGCAGAGUGAACACACACAUUUCAUGCUCCACAGUCACGCGGCUGCCAGCUUUGUCUGGUCACAAGGUUUUUAGUUUUCAGUGAUUUAUUGAACCAACUGAGGUUUGGUUUGUUGAUAUCACAUGGCAGUCAUUUACAUGUGGUAUUCUCAUGUGUCUUAUAUCACAUAUAGUCUAAAAUUACCACACACAAAAAGAUGAUGUAGUUGAAAUAUUGGUCAUAAGGUACACACAGACAGACAGACAGACAGACAGAGACACACACACACACACACACACACACACACACACACACACACACACACACCAUGUUGUGGGAUCUUCUGUGCUAUACAGCCUACAAUUAUUAACAGCAGGGAUCAUAGAGUGUUUUCUUUAUUAUCUUCUAGAAAUGGCACAAUGCUGGUUCACAAACAGAGAACCAGCAUUACCACACAUGAGGGAGUCCCUUUCAGGUGUAUUGCCAGAGCACUGCUUGAGAAACAGCUGUACAACAUAAUUCUCCUGACAGCUGGACUACAUUGUUUUGAUUACAGGAUCAUGAAGGGAACUUAAUGGAGUCCAACUGCUGAGCUAUCCCCUGGCAAUAGGCCCAGUACUCGCUGCAGUUACAGAACUUAACUGAUUACCAUAAAUGGAGAAGGAUUCAAUACGCAGAACCUGAAUGGAUUUUAUAUGUAGAAAUAAUAUAUAUCUAGGGAUAUUUGUUUUCUCCUACAGUUAAAGGUUUUCUGUUUAUUUAUGUACUACUGCUGUGUUUUUAAACAAAUGUUUGUAUCAGGUUUGUAUCUGUCUGGCUCUGAGAUUCUUACAGUAGUCCUGUAUUCAAAGAAUUAUUUGAAGGGACAGACCACUAGCUCAUGUGCUUUCACAUCAGGAUUUGAACUACUUUGAAAUAAUUUAGCAUACACACUCAGACACACACAUUAUGACGUACAUGCUGAGGUACCACUUACUGUCUUUAAGGGUCCACUUAUGCUUACAUACUGAUCCAUUUCCCAGCUACAUCCUCAAGUAAAUCACCAUUACAGAAAGUUAUUCUCAUAUGAUUUUUGUUUCUUAAUGAGUUAUUUAUGAAGGUCUGUGAUUUGUAUUGUACAUUAUACAAGUGGCAGGAUCGUAAAAAAACUGAGGUCAUAAUGUUGUCCUCUGGUUAUUUUAAUUUCAAAGCCACUAUCUUUUUAAAACAUGGCAGAUCCAUGUUUUUUUAUUUCUUACUGCUUUAGCUUUCUUUCUUUCAUUUAUUUUUUUCAUUGUUUCAAUAUUCAAAUGUGGGGUCAGUACGGUUGUUGUUUUCUUUCUUUCUUCUUGUGUUUUAUUUUAAGAUAAAUCACAUUGUGUGGUUUCUCGCCUCUGGGCUCUGACCAGACAGACUGCCGUAACAUGAGGAUGUCAUCCGACAGCUUCACUUCCUUAUUCCACAGACACAUAAUUCCUUAAAGACUGUAGACACUUGUUGCAAUCUGUUUCAUUUCCCUAGGUGCAGAUUCUAUUUUGGUGCUAAAGCAGUUGAAAUGUCUUUCAGUUAUUUCUUUUGUGUGUCAGGGAGAUUUCUCUCGCAUUUUGCCGAUACAUUUGAUUAAAUAUAGGCUCUCAUAGUCUAAUAAACAAUGUUUUACCUUUUUAAAUGUGCAUUUAAUCAGGAAACAGCACAUCGAGGCUUUGCUUUCAUUAUCUAUAGCAUCCUUCAGUAAGUGAACAUUUUAAAAGUGAAAGACUCACCAUGUGAUCUGAGAAAAGUGUGUGCCUUGCAUAAGAAAAAAACAGCUACAAUCAGUUGCAUUCAAGUUUUAACUGUAUGAUGUGUAAAUUCCUGUGUUACAUUAUAUAAUGUCAUGUAUCAGUUGUUGGAACAUUGUGUUAAUGUUGAAUCAUUAUACCAAUUCACAGUAUGUUGCAGCUCCAAAG